AACGACCUUCUUUCGACCAGUCUCCCGAAGGGCAUAGUUGUCAAGGCUUUCGCCGACCGAAUGGACCUCUUCUCCGUCAUGAUAGUCGGUCCCUCAGGUACACCCUACGAGGGUGGGCUCUUCUUCUUCGACAUUCGCCUUACCCCCGAGUAUCCCAAUCAACCACCCGAGGUUCAUUACCAUUCGCUGACACCGGAGCGCAUAAAUCCCAAUUUGUAUGUUGAGGGUCGAGUUUGUCUCUCCCUCCUGGGCACGUGGAAAGGUCACAGCACAGAGAACUGGAGCAGCGACUUCUCGAAUCUCCUUCAAGUUCUGGUCUCCCUUCAGGGACUCAUCCUCAACGCCGAACCCUUCUUUAACGAGGCCGGCUACGAUGCUGUGCGCGAAAAGUCGGAAUCUCAUGGACUCUCACGAGCCUACAAUGAGGGCGUCGUGGCCAACCUCCUGCAAUCGAUGGUUCAACUUCUUCGUCGACCUAUUCCCGCCUUCAGAGAGGAAAUUGUUGCCCAUUUCCGAGAGGUUCUAGACAGGUAG